CCUCCUCUUUGCCUUCCCCGGCUGCCUCCUGCUCGAGGUCGCAGCCCUCUCGCGUGCGUGGGGCAGUUCUGGCGCUUCCCGCCGCGGUGCUGUUCCUGGGGGAAAACGGGAUCCUGUGGCUUGGCUCCUGCAGCCCCCGCGCUGUGCCGGGAGCGGUAGCCCGGGGCAGUGGGGCUGCCUCUCCGCUGCUGCCCCGGACAGUGGGGCUCUCUGCUGCUGCCUCUCCCGGGUCUGGGCGGCGCGGCUUGGCGGGUGUUGCGGAGGGGGCGGGCUGUAGCGAGUUAACACCGCCCGGGAAUGCCUGCGGGAAGCGGGCUGUGUCCGCGGGACGGCCCAGCUUUCUCUGGAUCGGGGAGGAGGAGCGGGUGCGGAGCGUCCGAGCGCUGCUUCAGCCAGCUGCCAACUUUGACUCGGCAAGGGCACCUGUCCCAGGUAGCGUGGGGAGCAGAGCGGAGGCAACCGAAGGGGUUCGAUAAUGGAGGUAGUAUUAGACUAUUUCCCUCACAAGCAAGCAAUGGCUGUGGACGUAGCAAUGCAGCUGUACCUGUGCUCUUCACCCUUGCGAAGAGAGAAGUGCGCCUGCAAAAUUGCUCCAAAGCCAAGCAAGCCACUGCGGCCCUGCAUCCAGCUGAGCAGCAAGGCUGCACUGAACGGACCAGAAGAGGCAGCAAACUCCUUCACACACAGCAAAGUGAAGAAGAGAGUGUCGUUUGCAGAUAGCAGAGGCUUUGCUCUGACAAUGGUGAAGGUGUUCUCAGAGUUUGAAGAUCCACUAGAUAUUCCUUUCAACAUCACAGAGCUGAUAGACAACAUCGUGGGUCUGACAACAGUGGAGAAGGACAGCUUUGUCCUGGAUUUUGUUCAGCCCUCUGUAGACUACCUGGACUUCAGAAACCGCCUCCAGACAGACUGUGUCUGUCUGGAAAACUGUAUGCUAAAGGAGAAAUCUAUUGUGGGAACGGUGAAGGUGAAGAACAUCGCUUUUGAAAAGACUGUGAAGAUCCGGAUGACRUUUGACACCUGGAAAAGCUUUGUAGAUCACCCAUGCCAGUAUGUCAAGGAUAUGUAUGGAGGGUCAGAUCGGGACACGUUUUCCUUUGACAUCAGCUUGCCUGAGGGGAUUCAAUCACACGAAAGAGUCGAGUUUGCCAUUUCCUUUGAGUGCAAUGGGAAGGUGUACUGGGACAACAACAGGGGAACAAAUUACAGGAUCAUACGGUCAGAACUGAAGUCUGCCCARGAAGCUGUCCGUCCCCCACAGGCUCCUGACUUUGGCAGUGCAUUUGACCGGUUUGGGAGCCCUCGGUGCUCCUAUGGCCUCUUUCCUGAGUGGCCCAGUUAUUCAGGCUACGAGAAGCUCGGUCCCUACUAUUGACCCAAGGACAAAGGCCGGGUUGACUAACUGUUGUUGGUGUGUCUACAAGCCUCGGGGCUGGUCUGAACACAGGUGUAUGAAUAGGUGGAAGGAGUUUGGCUCUGUGUGGCUUAGCAUAAGCCUCCCAGCAAAACCAGACAUGCAGUGCUGUGCUGGCAGGAGGUUUAUAGUCAGAGAAGCAAUUCUGGCUUUCCAGGUGAUCAGAGGAMCAAGGACUGCUCAUGUCUCUUCAACACUUCUUCUUCAGUAAAGUUGCCAGUGUCCAGGGAAACACUACAGUGCUUAUUUUGCCUGCCCAAGCUAUGUAGUGGUGGCUGCUUUGUCUUGCCUGCCUAGUGUUAAAAGGCUCUUUCAAAAUAUGUCCUAGUAUUAUAUUGUUAGUGGGCUGUACCACAGCUGCAGGGUUCUCCUUGCAAAGCCAGCCUGUGCCUGUCAGCAAACACUGCGGUUGGAUUGCUGGGAACGGUGUCCUCUCUUUGCACACAGCCUUGUAGUGAGGCCCUUCCUACUGGAGCAGAAAGCAUGCUUUGGAAGUGAAAAUACAAUGUGGUGACAGGAAGUGUGGCCCUACAGCCGGCCGAAUUAGGAGAUGUGCCUGUGGGAGAGGAUCUGAUAUGCUUAGUCACCAGUUGUUGUAUCAGAUGAUCUUGAAAAACUCUCAUACCAUUGGUGUUACCAAAAAUAGAGAUUAGCUGUAGCUGUGUGACGCUUGUAACACAGCUGUGAGUUGACAUCCUUGACUUCAAAACCUGCCUGUUUUUUGAAUCAAAAUUGAUCCAUGAUGCUUCUUCCCCUUGAUGGACAUCUGAAGUUGGCUGUGCUGGACUCUGAAAAUUCAUGUCUUCCUCCUGUGGACUGUAAACCAGAGUUUUGUCCAGCUGGGGCUCAGGGUCCUGUGCAGGAGACUCUGCUCAGGUGCUACAGGAGCUAAACACAAAGAGACCACAUGGCUGUAUAUGCUGUGUCCUGUAUAGGAAGGUGACUGUUGUGUGCCUAUGGUGGUGGAAGUGCCUUGACUGAGAAAUGGGUGGUACGUGUGAUCCCAGCAGUGCUUUGGGAUGAACAGGCUUUGUAACUGAUGUUGCUUUUAAGAUCUGGUAAUGGUUUGUCACUCUGUGCCAUGGACUGCUUGGCAGGUAAAGGCAUGGCACCGCUUGCCUGUGAGGGUGCUGUGGCUAUCCUGGAUGGAUGGGCUGGGCUUCCCUCGCUGUUGGAGCAGUAUGUGCCAUUUUGACCUGCAAAUGCCCAGACUUUGCAUCUCUGUGACCAUAGAAAGUGGCUCACCCCACUUAUGCAAAGAGCUAGCCAUGAGGAGAGUGAGAUGUGGGGUUAUCCUGACAGCACCCCUGUUGUGACAUGAAUCACAGAGGGGAGCCAUCCCUAUCAUUAAAGGGGUGGCUCAUCUUCUGGAUGUGUGCUCAAGUGGGGAGCUCGUGCAAUGCCAAAUAGCUUCUCAAAGCUUCUUGGGUGCUAACUGGGAAGAGUGACUUAAUCCCUCAKCUCAAAGGAGAGUGCUGAACAGACUGUAGAAAUAGAGGUCAAGAGAAUCCUAGUUUUUCUAGUGCAUGAGCUUUAUAUAAUUUUUGGGUGUCUCUAGUAGCCUGUGGAUGGGCUGGAGAGAAGCAACAGGCUAGACUACUUAACUUUGUUAAUGUAGCUUUUUAUUCUGGAGACURCUAUAUAAAUACUUACAAGCUGUUUUACUCUAACCUAGAAGGGAUACUGGGAUCACUGUUGGAUACCAAAAGGGACGAGAGCUUGCAGGAAGAAUAGCUGGCCUUCAACUGCUGCUUUUUUUCAAAAUACAAAAUCAAUACAUGUGUUCACUGUGCCUGAUCACUUAGUCGAGGUGGUGAAUCUUCUUGCUAGUCUAGAGCUCAUUAGGCUCAGUUCCUCUGUCCAGACAACUUUCCAAGUCAGCCCUUAGAGCCUGCAGCUGGUCUCUCUGGGAGCGACUGUUGCCUAGCUUGGCUUAGUUUUAAACUUUAAGCAAGUUUGAGUGACACUGAUGCUUUUUAUUUAUUUAGUGUAUGGUGUUAAUGUUGUAAGACACUGACUGUAGGAAAGUCAUGUUCUCCUGGCACUUUCUUGUGCCUAUGGAGAGCUGUUUGUGAGCCAAAACAAGGCAUGUGGGUCUGGGGUGCUGUGGAUGGUGGUAUCWCCAUACAGGCUUGUUUUCAGGCUGUGCAUUGGGUGUGCUUAGGGAGGAACAUGGAAGAUAAGCUAGAAGAGCAAUGCCAUAAGUAAGAGCUAGGUUGGGAACUGACUAUUUGACCAAUAGCAGUGUAAAAAUACUACUUGUGGCCUUUCCCCUUUCCCCUUUUCCCUUUUUCCAUUUGCAAUGUGAACAUAGAAGUGAGGUGCUUACUCUCCUUGCUCUAUGCCUGGAAGUGCCUUGUAGGAUGUUUUGCAUGUUUGUUUUUAAAGGAUAUUUUUGUACACAACAUUCAAGUGGAAAAUGCACUUUAUAAUUGCCAUGUAAUGACUCUUUUAAAAAUAUGGUUCUGUUUUUAUCUGAUUGUUAAAAUAAAGGUGGAACAAAAUGUUGGCUGUGUA